UUGUUGGCUGCCAGAAAGAACCUCCAAGCGUGCGCAAGUUUAGUUUCACCUUCCCCAGAGCUCUUUCAGCACAGUCCCGGCUGGCGAGAAAGCCUGCUCUGACAGAGGCUGCUCACCAAAAGAAGAGCAUCCAGGAAUGGCCGCGCAGACCAUCGUGACGAUCCAGCCGCAGUGUGGCGCGCCCGCUGCCUUGCGGUACAAUUGGCAGACGGGGCUGAUGGAUUGCUGCUCCGACUGCGGCGUCUGCUGCUGCGGGAUGUUCUGCUUCCCCUGCCUCGCCUGCCAAGUGGCCGGGGACAUGAACGAGUGCUGCCUGUGCGGGACCAGCGUGGCCAUGAGGACCCUCUACCGCACCAGAUACAACAUCCCGGGGUCCAUUUGCUCUGACUUCUGUAUCACCAUGUGGUGCCCUGUGUGCUCCGUUUGCCAAAUGAAGAGAGACAUCAACCGCAGGAGGGAGCUGGGCAUAUUCUGAUGGAUCCUCGCUGCAUCCUGUGGAGCUGCUGUGGGCAAGAGUUGCCGCUGCCCUGGCUGUUGGGAAAUGCUCCAUGUGAAGAUUGCCUUGAUUUUAGCUGAUUUCCCCCUCCCUGAGUAACUCCCAACAAUAAAAUUUUGACUUUGUCUUCCUA